AUGGCCGACCACACGGCGAGCUCUGACAUCUUGAAGAGGUACGCCCUGAAGGUUUCAGUGUCCAGUGUCAAGGAGAGAACAAAGGCUGUUGCAUCAGUCACUGAUUACGUCAACAACGGAGCUAUCCCAGAAGGCGCGGUGAAGGGAAUCUUCCGCUACCUGUCCCAGGCUAUUGGCCUCUACAGAGAUGGACCAUCACGCCGGGCUGCACUAAACUUAGUCUCCAGCAUCAGCAAGGUCCACUUUGAGGCAUCUGUGAAAGCUCUGCUGGCAGCACUGGAGAAUACUGCCAAAACUCAGAAGAGUCUUGUGAAUCCAAGCCGUAGCUCUGCCGGUGAUGCACUGCAGGCUUUAUCCUGGACCUGCGUGGUAGUGUCUCAAGCCUUGGCUGCAGCCAAUGGUCUCCCACAGCCGUUGCUUCAACAGUUGGUUGGUCUGCAGGCAGUGCUGGUGUAUGGAACUGUGGCUGCCAGGAAUGAGGUCAUCACCCAGGCAGGUUACCGCAAGCUCUGCAGAGUCUGGAGAGAGGUGCCUGGCAGUGUAGAAAAGUAUCUUGAGCUGGUCUCCCAGCUGGAGCAGAGCACACUCAGUUUGCCUCUCACUGGCUUUGUGUUAAAGUACCUGGCUGCUGGCAAACAGAUGGAACUGAUCCAAAAAUACAAGGGCGCAUUUUUGGAUGUGUACAUCAAACAGGUCCUUGCCAGCCGUACUGCCCCUCCUAGGGCCAUCUUGGAGAGCAGUGCAGAACUACUACGCCACUGCUCACAUGCAGAGUUUAAGGAUCAGAUCUUGCCAGCAGCCCAGAAGGCCAUGCUUCGUAAUCCUGAAGUUAUUCAAGAAACGGUCAGUGAACUCAUCAAAAGUAUCAAGCUAGACCUCAGCCAGUAUGCGGUAGACAUAGCCAAACUCUUUUCUGGAGCCAUCUCAUCAAAGGAGGAAAGCAACAGGGCUGUGGCAGUACGGGCAGUGAGAAACCUGGCCCAUCAGUGCAGCGAUCCCGGAGCUGUGGAGAAGGUGGCCACUCUUCUGUUUAAAAUUCUUGGAGGUUCCGAAGGCAAGCUGACAUUCGCUGACCAAAAGAUAAGCGUCCUGCAGGCUAUUGGUAACCUGGUACACAACACAGUCAGUGGCUACAGCUCCCUGCAAGCACUCAGCUCCAGCAUCUGUGAGAUGUUCCUCCCCACUCUCCAGCAAGAAGUUCACGAAGGCACGCUGGUGCACAGUCUCUCCAUGCUGGCUCUGUGGUGUGCCAAAUUCUACAACGAGGUUCCUGAGAAGCUGUUGCUAUGGUUCCAGAAAGGAUUUGGCCUGAAGACCUCCACGUCUGCUGUACGGAAUGCCUACAUCCGCUGUAUGAACACUGCCUUUCAUGGGGACACCCUGCCACAGGCCACCCACAUCCUGCCUCUGUUGCUGCAAACUCUGGACAAGGCUGAGAAACAACCUGGUCAACCCCAGCUCCUAUCUGAGGCUGUCUCCGCAUCAUGUCUGCUGGUCCGAGUGUCUUUAGUAGACAUUCACACAGAGUCUAAACUAGGCCCAUUCUGGAACCUGAUCCUGGACAAUAAGAAACAGUACCUAGUCAAUGAGAAGUUUCUGUCUUCAGCAACAGAUGAGACUUUACAGAGUUUGGUGUUUCUCAUUGAGAGACUGAUCCUAGAUUUUCCUACCAGAAUGACAGAUGAUGUUGCUAGGCCCUACUACAGAGCUCUGAUAUUCUGUUUGUGCCGACGGUCUUGGCUAGUGAGGCAUGCUGCUGCAACCACCACCAAGAAAAUCCUGGCAGUGCUGGGUGGUGCCCGCAUCGCUUUGUCUCUGGUUCAUGAGUUUCAAUCAGUGCUGCACACCCAGAAGUUGUCAGAACUGCAGAAGUCAGUGUCCAGGGAUGAAGACAGUUCCAAGCCUGAUGGUGGUGAUGGGUCUGCCAGCAAGGUGGUUACUCCCCGAAUCAUUGCCUCCACCUUGCAGACUGUCUGCAGUGUGGCAAGAGUGGAGGUCACUGAGGCGGAGAAGAUUGCUAUGGCAACCCUUAUACCAGCACAUCAUCCUUAUAUUGUUCAUGUGAAGAAAGACCUAUGGGUGACCAUACUGCGGGGCCUCAACCUGGACCCAGGCAACUUUGUUGGCAGCCACGCUCAGGAAUGUCUUGACCUCAUCAAAACUGGGGAUCUGCUCUCCGAGGCUGAAGCAAAUGCUGUGUCCACCCUGGCACUGGCCAGUUCUGGUGUGGUUGUCCCUCAGCUGGUCAGCUAUGUGCAGGAACUGCUGUCCAGCCCAGCUUUGGUCCACAUCACCCAGGAAGAAUAUGGUAUCUUCCUGACUCCUGAUGGGCAGCUUUAUGACAAAACAAUCUUGGAGAGUGCCAUGAAAGCUUCAGCUGGAGACCAGAAUGUUCGCAAGGAGAACAAGCUUUACUCUUAUGCUGAACAGAUGGCAGAGCUGGAGUUACGACAGGAAAUGGAAAGAAAGAAGGGUAAGAAGCCACAAGAGACUCCCAAACUCAGCAAGAAACAAGAAGAACAGCUAGCAGCCCAGAAACAGAAGGAGUCUGACAUCCGAAACAGGCUGAGAGCGCUCAACAGAAAUGUUCUGUGCUCCUGCUCGAUUGUGGACUCCCUGCUGCCAGUGAUGAAUGAUGAGAUCUCUACCCAUGUCAAGGACGUCUACGAGUCAUUGGUACCCCUGCUGCAAUCACCACUUGCUGCUCAGUCAGUGAGCACCCUCUUUGUCCGCAUGGCUCGGGCAGCAUUCACUGACCGCUCUUUGGCGGAUCUGGUGAGCCAUGCCACACUGCGCCUGCUGCAGCCGGCCUGUCCUCUGGAGAGAGCCUGGACGGAGGAAAAGCUACUGUCACAGACAGUCAGGGCAGUCAGCAAGUUGUAUAUUGCCAGCGUCCGACAGCCGCCGGAGAAUUCUUUGGAUUUAGAUGACGGAGAGCUGGAGGUGUCCAGUGUGUUUCCAGCACCAACAUUCUGCUGCAUGUUUUACUUGCUGCGCUGUGUGCUGAACCAAGGCGGGGCGGCUGUCAAGGGGGACAUGAUAGUCUGUAGCCAGGUGCUGCAGCUGAUACAAGAGCAUGCCAAGAUGAGGCGGACCAAAGAGGAUCCUUCCAGCGUCGAUGUGUAUGACCCAGACUUGCUGCCCCGUCAGCAGCUCCUGGAGGUCUGUCUGACGGCUGUGGGCACUUUCCCUCAUGAGAUCCAGCAGCUGGCUAACAACACUCUUCUGGAGUUGGCACGGGCGGCUAAUGGUGACCCGGGGGCAACCGUGGCUACUGAUGGGGAAGUCCAGGUCCUGCUGAAGGCUUUACAGUCUCCCAGCGUGGCUGUCAGGGAUGUGGCUUUACAGUGCUUGGCUGAGAUCAGCUCAGUUCUCCCAGGGAUGGACGAGAACCCACAGUUGGGGCUCUCUAUAGCCAAGCAUGUAUGGAUUGCCUGCAAUGACCCGGAGAUACCCAUACAGCAGUUGGCCACUAU